CCAGGAAGAGGAAGCCCGCCGGCCGCAGCACCGCGAGGGUGUUCCGCGAUGGCUGUGAUAGCCAGGAUGGCCGCCCCCAGGAUGCCCCUGAUCGGCGCGCUCGCCGCGCCCCUGCUCCUGGCGCUGCUGCUGAGGCCCGCCCCCUGCCACGCGGUGCCCCUCGAGGAGAGCAACGACACGGGCUACGGGCCGUGCUGGAAGCAGGAGACGUACAACGCGACGGUGGAGAUGAUGGUGACCGUGCAGGUCAACAAGACCAGGUACGACUGGUGCCUGGGGGGCUUCAUGCGCUGCCAGGUGUACAAGAUGGAGAACGUGGACCGGCUGCAGAAUGUGACCCAGGUCCACACGCGCAACGUAGAAACUUGCUGCCCCGGCACCGAGCCCACCAGGCCGGCAGUGCCCGGCAAGAACGUGUCGCUGCACUGCGUGCCCAUCCGGCCGCCGUCCACCAGCACGACCACCACCACCGUGGCGGCCACCCUGCCCACCACGACCACCACGACCACCACGCAGCGGCCCACGACCAGGCCGACGAUACCUCCGCCCACCAGGCCCAGGCCCACCACCGCCAGGACCACGCCGUCGACCACCACGACGACGACAACGACCACCACAACCACUGAGGCGCCUACCGUUCGAGCGACGUUUACGCAGCCUCGUGAAACUUGCCGGCUAGGGCUUUGGGGCAGAGGCUGCCCGAACGAGUGCAACUGCGGCGCGGGCUGGCCGUGCGACCAAGACACGGGCGCGUGCCCGCCCGGCGCCCCCGGCCCCACCUACCCCUCCUCUCCUCCCACCACCCCUUACACCACGCCAACCACGCCGCGCGACGCCACCGUAAGUACCGCCCCUCCGGCCCCGACCCAACCACCCCAACGUGCGACCGUGGCCGUGAAAACAGCAGACACUAGCGCCCCUCCUCGACCCGCCUCCCGGACCACCCCCCGGACCACCCCCGAGGAAGCGGCGGCCUCCACGCCGUACCCUUACUCCCACGCGUACUCGCGGCCAGCCAUGGGCAUGACCAAGGCGACCACCACGGCGCACGUGCACUUCGAGGAGUCCAACAAGGUGCCCGACCAGGACAAGAACGCCGCCAAGAAGAUGGACAUGGCUCUGGACAAGAGCGUCGUCGUGGAGGACGUGGCCACCAGGACGUUCAAAGAGGGUGUGCAUAAUGCACCCUGGCCCAAGGCCACGUUCACAGCCACCCCGCCGCACAACGUCAUCGAGGGCGGCAGUCCGCCACCAUCCCCAGCCACCACGACACACGCGGCGCCGUUCAGGCCAAGCCAGCCGAGCAGCACGACGGAGGUCGCUUACGAGUUGAGGCCAGACGUGUUCUCGCACGGCACCGAGCCCAGCGCGCGGCUCAGGGAGGCGCACGGCUUCACGCCGGUCGUCGUCUCGGUCCCGGACUUCGCGGACGUGACGGACGCAAGCGACGCGCCACCGACGACGCUGCCCUCGUGGCGGUUCGUGGACAAGCGGCUGACGACCACGCGAGAACCGCUACCCCCGACGCCGCCUCCAACCCUACCUCCAACGCAAGCCAAAACGCAGCGUCCCUCACCACCUCCGACGCAGCCCCCGACGCUUCCUCCCACCCAACCCCCGACGUUACCCCCCUCUCCACCCACGCAACGCAUAACGCACCCACCAACGCUUCCCCCGACCCAACCCCCGACCCAACCCUCGACCCGUCCUGCCAUUCCACCCACAACGCCAGCUACUACCCAACAACCUCCUCGACCCCCGACGCAGCCCCCAACGCAGCCACCUACAAGGCGCUCGACACAGCCACCAACGCAACCACCUACUCGGCCUCCAGUACCCCCAAUACAACUAAAGGCGCUUCCUUCGACUGAGCCUCCUGCGCAACCCCGUCCUGUACCGUCCACGCAACCAGCAACGCAGGUUCCGACAUUACCACCACAAACGCAACCGCCAACUCCUCCGCCUACACAGCCCUCGACACCAAUCCGCACACCACCACCAACACAGCCCCAAACCACAUCGCCCACUCCACUACUCACACAUCCGACCACGCAAGUUCCCACAGAACGCACCAUGCCCCCUACAACACAGCCUCCUACUCCUCCUCCCACGGAACCUCCUACGCCGCCCCCUACACAGCCCCCCACGGUACCUCCUGCACAACGCCCUACACCACCUCCCACAACACCACCGACUCAUCUCCGCACGGCACCUCCGACGGCACCUCCGACGCCAGCUCCAACUGAACCCGCAACUCAACAAAGUACACAACCGCCCACGCGAGCCUCGACGCAAUCUCCCACCCAACCCCCGACAUUGCGACAUACGCCUACGCAACCGCCGACAGAACCGCCGACUGAAAGGCCUACUCAACCACCCGCCACAAAAGCCCCUACCGAAUCGCCGACACAACGACGCACUCAACCUACUCAACCACCGACGCAGCCAACGACGCAAACAACUACUCAACCCACGACAACACGACGAACUCAACCACCCACACAACCUCCCACUCAACCACCCACUCAACCACCCACUCAACCACCCACUCAACCACCCACUCAACCACCAACCCAACCCCCCACUCAACCACCCACUCAACCGCCUACCCAACCCCCCACUCAACCUCCCACUCAACCUCCCACUCAACCUCCCACUAAACCCCCCACUCAACCGCCCACUCAACCACCAACUCGACCCCCCACGCAACCUCCCACGCCACCCCCGACGCAGCUGAGGACAGCGCCCCCGACCCGACCGGCGACGCGGCCCACGACUCGACCCACUCCGAGGCCCACCGCCAGGCCGACGACGCGCGCCCCGCGGCCAACGCAGCCGCCAGCGAGAACGCCGCCGAGCGUGCUGCGGACGCACGAGAGCAGCCGGAACAUCGGCACCAGGAGAAGAAAGCCCGCCGAGGACUACUAUGACGACGACGACGAGGACGACGAAGACGACGAGGGGGACGAUGAUGACGACGAGGACGACGACGAGGACGACGAGGACGACAGUGGGGAGGGUGACUACUAGGAGGAAGACUGUCCGUGAUGUGAAUGCUAGUCCAGCCGCCGGGGCGGCGACGCGAAGUGAAGUGAAAGACGCUCUGCUCAGUGCCGCUCCGCGCUCGCUGCCGCCCGCGACGGCCACCGUUCGUACCUUGCUGUGUUCUUAUCGUUACCCAGGGACCCUGGAACAGCCAGACCCUUCCCAAAAACCUGUGUACAGUACAUUCAUCCAUUAAUUUGUUGUUAAGCCAUUAUUUAAUGUGAGGUUGUAAUACUUUUUUCACGCGAAAAAUAAACAGUGGAAACGUAUA